ACCCGAAGAAUAGAACAACUAUUAAUUUACCGUCGAUUCUUUCCAGAAUCCAGGUCUUAAGUACAAAAUCACUGGGAAAAUAGUCGAACGUCUACUCCAUAAACGUUAAGCUCUCCCUGUCCAGUAGGAUGGGGGACGUCGACAGGGCGUACAUACCAAGAGAAAAAUGGGCUAACAAAAUUGAGUUUGUCCUCUCCGGCAUCGGAUUCGCCGUCGGCCUCGGAAAUAUCUGGAGAUUCCCUUAUUUGUGUUACAAAAACGGAGGAGGAGCAUUCUUAAUACCCUAUGUUGUGUGCCUUAUUGCCGGUGGGAUACCGAUAUUUUUUUUGGAAGUUGGCCUUGGACAGUACACAAGUGAGGGAGGCAUUACUGUCUGGAAUAUAGUACCACUUUUCAAGGGAAUUGGCAUAGGGACAACAAUAAUAUGUUUUAUAUUAAAUGUUUAUUAUAUAAUAAUAUUAGCUUGGGCGGCUCAUUAUUUCUACAAUUCUUUGACAUUCGAGCUACCCUGGAGCUCGUGCGAUAAUGAAUGGAAUACUGAAAACUGUUUUGGCAAUUCAAGCAUCCGGAACGACAAUCGUAGUUGGGUUGACCCAGUUGUUGAAUAUUGGGAGAACAAAGUCUUAGGAAUAAGUCCAGGGAUAGAACACGUAGGCUCUCUUCAGGUUGAGUUAGCUAUUUCUCUUCUUGUCGUGUGGAUUUUAGUUUACUUUUGUGUGUGGAAUGGCAUUAAAUCAUCAGGGAAGGUAGUAUACUUUACAGCUGUGUUUCCCUAUUUUAUGUUGACUGCCCUUUUGAUACGUGGAGUAACACUUGAUGGAGCUGUUGAAGGUAUUAAGUUUUACUUACAGCCAGAUUUCUCCAAGUUAUCUGAGUCACAGGUUUGGAUUGAUGCUGGGACGCAAAUAUUUUUUUCAUAUGCCAUCGCUCUUGGCUGCAUGACAGCUCUAGGUUCCUACAACAAAUUCAACAAUGAUUUCAUAAAAGACUGUCUUUUUAUAUCAGUAGUUAAUAGCAGUACGAGUAUUUAUUCAGGAUUGGCGGUUUUCAGCGUUCUAGGCUUUAUGGCAAAAGAGCAAAAUGUUUCAAUUGAAGAUGUUGCGGAAUCAGGACCAGGUCUAGUUUUUAUAACGUAUCCAAAAGCCGUCGGACAGAUGCCGGCUGCACCACUUUGGUCGGCUUUGUUUUUCUUUAUGAUUCUUCUGAUGGGGUUAGAUUCGCAAUUCGUCGGAGUCGAGGGAUUUAUAACAGCAGUGGUUGAUCUUUUCCCCCAGUACUUACGUGAUUCUUCAAACAGAAAAAUAUUCAUUGCUGCCGUUUCAUUUGUGAGCUUUUUAAUUGGUCUUUUGAUGGUUACAAAUGGAGGAAUAUACGUUUUCCAAUUGUUUGACUAUUAUGGUGCAAGUGGAAUGGUGCUGCUCUGGUUUUGCUUUUUCGAGUGUAUUGCUGUAGCCUACUUCUAUGGAAUGGACAAAUUUUAUGCAAACGUAAAAGAAAUGGUUGGCUACAAGUUACACAUUUGGUUUAAAAUUUGCUGGAAAUGGCUUACACCAAUAGUGACAAUGGGUAUAUUAAUUUUUUCAACGGUACAAUCUCUACCGCUGACAUACAAUAGAAAAUACAUCUACCCGGCAUGGGCGAUAAAUAUCGGAAGGGCAAUGGCACUGAUUCCGAUGAUAAUAAUACCACUAUACUUCGUUCUUUAUUUUAUGACAAGAAGUGGCACCUUGAAGGAAAAAUGGAACAAAUCGAUGAACUCGUCUGUGAAAACUGAAUCAAAACAGACCACCAAUUUAAAAUUAAUAGCUUAGUGUUUUACAUCAAUUUUUUUUAAUCUUUAUUCAAAAAUGACAAUUUAAAUGCAACUUGAAAUAUUAAUUUAUUCUACCAAUUUGAUUUUAUGCGAUUGUGUCAAUAGAAAUUAUAAUUUUCUUUGAUAGAUUUAUAGAAUGUUGAGACAACUCAACAAUAUUCUUUAACUCUUAAGUUGGCAAAAUAAAAAAACUCAAUUUUUUUACGAUUAGAUUCAGUUUUUCUAGAUAUUCAAAAACCCUGUAAAUGUUUUGUCCUUUGGGUUAGCUCAUCGAAAAAUCUAUCACCUAUAAUAUAUUGCCAAAAGUGCGUCCUAAUUAUAAAACUUAAAUAAAUCAAAUAAAUUCAAUGAUGGAUGGUUUUAUAAUAUAAAUAAACUUAAAUAUUACCUAACUUGAAGUGUUCCCAAAACGAGUUUUUCUCGGCCUUUUCAUUUGUGAAGAAAAUGUGGUUAUAGUAGGUCGAUAACAGCCGAAUCAUUUCCUAUUCAACAGCUUUUUCCGAUUCUAGGAUUUCAAUCUUGACUUUUUUUCUUUUCUCCCCUUACUUUAGAACACGUGAUACAUAGUAUGAAAAUAAAUAAGUCUUCACUAAGCAUAAUAUUUAUUGCAAAUAUUCAAGGUACAUAUGAUUACAAGUGCAUCGCAGUUUAAAAAAUAUACAUUUCUAAAACAUUUGUAGACUUGGCAAUAUAUCACCCAUGAUAAAUUUAUAAAAAUGGUCAUAAAAAACAAUAUUGCUUUAAUUUUUAAUGUUAUAAAAUGUUAAAUUAUGGAAUAAAUUCAUUUUGACCAUUACUCUUCAAGGAUGAGCUGGAAAAUUAAUAAGGACAACCUAUCUUUGGCAUACCUGAUUUAGGGAAGGAAAACAUAAAAAAUAAUUUCAUGAAUUUUAUUGCAAUAUUGUAGUGAAAACAGAUGUAUAUUUUGAAUAAAAAAAUUUCUUCUCAUGAAGAAGACAGAAAAAAAGAAAGAAAAUAACGCCUUUUAUUAAAUAUACAUGCCAAGUUAAGGGUUAAAGCAAAAAUUUUGUAAUAAUGAAUCCAUCUGAAACUUUCCAUUGUGAUUAGAUUCAACAUUCUGAUUUAAAUUGUAAUAUGAAAUUGAAUAAAGUGAGUGUUGUUUGA